AUGAAUGAGGUUCUGCUUGUACAAGCUCACAAUGCUAAAAAUCCACCAACAUUUUUUAUUCAAUUUGCACCUUACAAUACUACACAAAAUUCAUCUCAAUGUUUCAUCAACUAUCCUGAUAUGUUAGACACUUAUGUUUACUGCGUUGCUGUCGGCAAGAAACCGAAGCUAAAUCAAACGCAAUUUUUCUUUGCUGGUGAACUGAUAAACAGUCGUAAUGGAGUAUUUAUUGGCGUAGCAAAGUACAAUCAGACAAAUAUAGUUUUGAAUGCGUCGAAUUCCUGUGCUUUGAGUUUCUCUUACUCUCUACAGUAUCUAAUCAAUUAUGAACAUCAAGAACAUUAUGUCAUUGGGGUUGAACCACAAGAUCGUUUUGCCUAUGGAUUUUCAAAUCAGUUUGUAUUUAUAUUUGAUUCUGUGAAUGGUUCAACUUUGGAAUCAUGGAAUGGCAAUUUAACAUGGCCGAAUAGCUCUUUUAUGCCUCAUGCUGUUGAUAUCAGUAACAAUUUCGGCAUUAUUGCAGGCUUUAUUCAAAAUGAUCCACAAGGAAGAGUCAAAUAUAGUCCAAUCAUUUAUCUGCUUAAUUUCAAUUCGUCAAAUCAUCCUCCAAUUGUUGUUGAUCAAUAUAUACCAAUAGCUACUCCCAGUACAUGGCAAGAUUUAUUGACCUAUUCGGAUGUGAAUAUCUAUUCAGCAAAGUAUGAUAUGUCAAUUAGUAUUAAUAGUCGUGGUGAUGUUUUAGUUGGUAUGCAAUUUAUAAAUCGAGUUUUCUUAUUUUCAGUAAAUAUUUCCAAUCCAACACAAUUGAUUUAUAUAAAUAGGAAUACCAAUGGUCGAUCAUUAGGUAAUGGAAAAAGUCUAGCCUGGUUAGAUAAUGAGAAUGUGGCCGCUAUACUUAUCAAUACCUAUUCACUCAAUUAUCAGUGGUCGUCAUCUCAAAUCUAUUUGUAUGACAUGAAAUCGAAUGUUUAUAAUUCUAAUAGUACUCCCAUAUCAAUUUUUCCUAACUAUCAUCAAGUGUUGCCGCAAAGUUUUAGUCCUGUAUUUUUAAAUAUCGUCUCAUCACCAAUAUCACUAACUUUGAUGGAUCAUAGUGGUAAUUUGUUAAUAUUCACUCCCACAUCAACAGGGUUCUAUCCAUCAAUACCAACAACAGGAUCAAAACCACUUAUUACAUCACCACAGCCUUGUCCGCCGGGUAUGUACAAGGAUCAAGUAGGCAUUAAUGAUUGUAUCCUCUGUCCGACUGGCACAAAAAACUCUGGUAAUGCCACCACUCAAUGUACACCAUGUGCACUAGAUGCAUUUUGUCCGCUUGGCUCAGUGAGUGAAAUAUCUUCAUCGGCAUUGGAAAACAUCGCACAAUUAAUUGCCUAUCCCAAAUCACCUGAAAGUACUAUAUUUGAUGAGGUUUCAUUACAAAAUAUGUUUCAUAUCGGAACUGGUCGUUGCCUUUUGGUAUCGCCUUUAUUUUGGACAUUGAUCGUAGGUGGUUUAGCUAUUCUGAUUGCUAUAGUAAUCAAGUUACUGAAAUAUUUUGUCGAUCAUACGACAUAUGUGCGGAUAAAAAACCGAACUCAUUACAUAUUUAAAAAAACAGAUUUGAUUGGUGAAGGUGAACUAUGGGUAGGUGGUUUAGCAUCAUUUGCUGUGGUUGUUCUCGUUAGCUUCGCCUAUGGAUUUAGCAAUUCCUAUUACAAACAAUAUCCUAUUGAAACAUCAACCGAUUCCUAUUUCGCUUGCGACCUAUCGACUCGUAAUGCUAAAUUUCAAACAAGUCUUCAAGCAUUAGGUAUACCACCGUCGAAAAAUGAGAAAAAGAUGUUCGAUUUAUUAAAUGAACAAAGUUUGUCUGGAAAUAUUUGGUCUUGUAUUCGUCUUGUACAAAUUAACUUUGCAACCAAUUUAUCGUUUGCUCCGUCGGACAGUGUUUCGUUAUCAUGA